AUGGACCGCCGAGAUUCCGUCUGCUCCUGCGGCGGCGGCGGCGGCGGCCACACACACACACACACAAGAGGGCCGCCCCCGAUCUCCCCUUCUCAGCGGCUGCAGAGCUCCCUCACAGCGCCUCUUGUCGGACACUCGCAUCCAUCAUCCGUCGAACUUUCCGACGCAACUUGGACUAACCGCUCCCAGGGGGAUGUUGAAAACAAAACUCGCAUCCCAAAAAGAUUCAGAGAAGUGCACCCCACACUGUCAACGUCACAGACAAAAACAGUCUGAGGAGACGCUCAGCCACAAAACUCGUCAACGUCCAUCGAAACCGGCAACAGCAAUUCACCUCAUUGCUGCCCUGCUUCUCCCUCGCUCAGAUUAUUCCAUCUCCCAUUGGGGCCAGUUCGUCGAGCAAGGCAAAG